AUGGAUUCUGUGGUAGAAGAUGAGAAGAAACACGAUCAGCGUCUUGAAGAAGCGAUGAAGAUUGAAGAUGGAGGUGAUCACUGUCUUCAAAAAACGAUCAAGAUCAAGAAGCGGCUACCACGAUGCCAUGAUGAUGACGACGACGACGACGAUGAUGAGGGGGCUGCGUUCAGGAGAAAAAGAAGCAGAGGUGAUCGGUGUCUUCAAAAAACGAUCAAGAUCAAGAAGCGGCCACCACGGUGCCAUGACGAUGACGACGACGAUGAUGAUGAGGGAGGGUGUGUUCAGGAGAAAAAGAAGUUGAGGAUGAAUAAAAUAAUGGAUAAGGCAAGGUGCCCGUCUCCCCAUGCAACGUCAGAGCUCCCUGUUGUCCUCAGAAAUCGGAUCAGGGCUCUAGGGGGUUCUGAUGUCACUUUUGUAAUCCAGAAGCCUCUCUUCAAGACUGAUGUGAGUUCCGGUCACAACCGUCUAUCCAUACCGUUGAACCAGAUACAACAAACCUUCCUCACACCUGAAGAGAGCGAGAGUCUGAGGAAGUGGAACAUGAAGAAAGCUUCCGAAAAUUCUACCUCAAUGUAUGUGUUGGUGACUAAUUGGAAAUCAGUUACGGAAAGGAAUAGCAUGAAGGAAGAUGAAACGGUGCAACUCUGGUCUUUUCGAAUCAAGUCCAAGUUGGGUUUCGCUCUUGUAAAGAGAAGAUUACAAGAUGAUCCUAGGAAUCGUUCGUUAAGGGGCAUCCUGGAUAGCUGA